GCAGCCGAGGCGGGAAGGAAGGAUCGAAGUCUGAGAAAGCGAGCGAAGAAGCGCUUGGAAUCGUGAGGUGGAUGUCCUGAUAAGCCAAUGCAAUUAUGGCAUUACGAAGAUCAGAAUACACCAUCGGUGGUGUAAAAAUUCUCUUCCCGUGCAAGGCGUAUCCAUCACAACUUGCUAUGAUGAAUGCAAUUGUGAAGGGGCUGAGCUCCAAGCAACACUGCCUGCUGGAGAGUCCCACUGGAAGUGGAAAAAGCUUGGCCCUGCUCUGCUCUGCGCUGGCCUGGCAGCAAUCGCUCUACGAAAAACCACUGGAUGACUUGUGCUCAAAAGAAUCCAAGAAGACCGAGAUUUUGAAACUCUGCCGAUGCCCAUGCCACGCUAAAUUGUCCGGUCGGGAUGCAGAAGGAGACUGUCAAACCACAUCUUCUUUCUUCCCCAGCUAUGCAACAGAGACCUCACCAGGCGGUGGAAGUAGCUCAACCCACAAAGAAAGCGUCUCACCAAUUACAUUGGCUUCAAAGCUGUCUGCCAAACAGCAAGCCUCAUUCUAUGAAGACGAUGACAGCGACAGUGAUUUUAAAGUGGAAAGAAAGAGGAUUCGUUCACUCGAAACGGAGCAGCAGGCGAGAAAACGACACCGGCUGACUAUAGGAACCCAGCUAGUGGAUGCUUUGGAAGUUCAUGAACAGCGGAAAAAUGGGGAAUUGAGAGUGACUCUCGGAAAAGCAGAUCCUCCCUCACUUAAAACAUUGCAGCCUUCCGGUCCCUGCACGACGUGUUCCUGCUUUGCCAUCCAGCAAAACGCCCAAAAUGCUGCUGAGGCCAAGAAGGAGAAUGGCGGGAAGUUGCCCAUCCCCAAAAUAUUUUUUGGCACCCGUACUCACAAGCAAAUAGCCCAGAUUGUGAAGGAGCUGCACAGGACGGGCUACUCAUACGUCCACAUGACCAUUCUGUCAAGCAGGGAGUAUUCCUGCGUCCAUCCGAGGAUCUCCCGAGGCAGCAACAAGAAUGAAAAAUGCGCAGAGUUGCUGGAAGGAAAAGAGGGUGUGUCUUGUUCCUUUUAUCAUGGAGCCCACAGGCUGACUGAGCAUCUCUCCAUACCGUCGGUGGAUAAAAAAGCUCAGGUUUGGGAUUUAGAAGAGCUGGUGAGCUUGGGGAAAAAAUUCCGAUCCUGCGCCUAUUUUGCAGCUCGGGAGCUCAUGGCAUAUGCCGAGAUUGUGUUCUGCCCUUACAACUACCUUUUGGACUCCCAGAUAAGACAAAGUAUGGAAAUUGAGUUGAAAGACCAGGUGUUGAUUUUAGACGAGGCUCAUAAUAUCGAGGACUGUGCCCGGGAGUCAGCCAGCUACAGCGUGACGGAAGAACAGCUCAGAUUGGCUCAAGAGGAGCUGGACACCAUGGUGAAUAGCCACAUUAGACCGAACGACCACAAGCCCUUGCGUGCUGUGUGCUACAGUCUGACAAAUUGGUUAAGGGGCGCCUGCGGUCAGCUGAUCCAGAGCGGUUACGAGACCUCAAGUAAAGUCUGGAGCGGAAGUCAGAUGGUGGCUAAUUUCCAUGAAAUGGGAAUAACGGAUGCUACGCUUCCCAUUUUACAGAAACAUCUUCAUGCCGUGCUCGAAAAGGAAGAAAAGUUGCCUGGGUUUGAAAAAGUGGUUUCUGUUCCAGUUAUAAGUCCUUCAACUCAAGUUAUCCUAAAAGGGCUCUUUAUGGUCAUCCAGUAUAUGUUCAAAGAAAACCACAGGUUUGCUGACGAUUACCGAAUCGCCCUGCAGCAAACCUUCACCUGGAUAAAUGAAAAUCCACCUGACACACUGGAUAUGAACGGUUUCUUGGCCCGUCCCCGGAAAAAAAUGCGACACAAAACGGCCGUGAACAGCCUCAACUUCUGGUGCUUGAAUCCAGCUGUGGCCUUUUCCGAUUUAAGCAGCAUGGUCCGAUCCAUCGUUUUAACCUCGGGAACGCUUUCUCCCAUGGAUUCCUUUUCAUCCGAGCUCGGGGUGAACUUUUCCAUUCAGCUUGAAGCGAACCAUGUCAUUAGAAAUUCUCAGGUCUGGAUUGGCACCAUUGGAGCAGGUCCGAAACGCCGGCAGUUACGGGCAACUUUUCAACAUACAGAAACGUUUGAGUUUCAAGAUGAAGUCGGCGAACUCCUGCUGUCGGUCUGUCAGACGGUGCGACAUGGGGUUUUGUGUUUUUUGCCCUCUUACAAGAUGUUAGAUAAGCUGAAGGAUCGCUGGCUGCACACGAGCUUGUGGGAGAAGCUUGAGCUGAUUAAAACGGUCAUCGUGGAACCCAAAGGAGGCGACAAAGCUGAUUUCGAUGAGCUGCUUCAAAUAUACUCCGAUGCCAUCAAGUCUAAAAACGGCAAAGACGGAGCGCUGCUUAUUGCUGUGUGCAGAGGCAAAGUCAGCGAAGGCUUGGAUUUCUCCGAUGACAACGCCCGGGCGGUUCUCACCAUUGGAAUUCCGUUUCCAAACUUGAAGGACCUUCAGGUGGAACUGAAAAGGAAAUACAACGAUCAACACUCAAAAGCCAGGGGCCUUCUGACAGGAAGCCAGUGGUAUGAAGUCCAGGCCUACAGAGCUCUGAACCAAGCCCUUGGCAGAUGCAUUCGCCACCGAAGCGAUUGGGGAGCACUUAUUUUAGUCGAUGACCGUUUUGGAAAGAGCCCCAAUAAAUACACAGCUGGGUUGUCUAAAUGGAUUCGUCAGCAGAUCCAUCACUACGAAGACUUUGAUUGUGCCCUUAACUCUUUGGAUGCCUUUGCUAAAAUGAACCAGAAUGGCACUGAAGCUGCCCUUCAGGAUCCCAACAGCUCUCUGCUCCUGUCUACAAGUUCAAAGAUUCUGACACUACUUUCUGCUCCGGAGGGAGCUCUUCCUUUAACACCUGGCGCUCUUCAUGAAAGGAAAGCACAACUUUCAGUUUUGGAAACAGGCUCUGCCGAACGCAUCACAACUCGCCCAACAACCUCCGAUUCACCCUUCUCCACAAAGCAAAAUAAAUUGACAGGCUCCAGCCCCAUGGGUUCCACGGCUGAAAACAUGAAGAAGAGAGCAAGCGAUCAGUUCUCCGCUGGCAGCAUAGAAAAUUACUUCACUAAAAUGCGGAAUUCAACCCCAGCAGUAAAAAAGAAUUACAUCUUCAGGGCUCCCGGGCCAACGGAAAAAGCAGGGGAGGAAGACGGUCACUCUGUUCCUUAUGGACCCCGGCAGAAUAUUUUGAGGGUCGAAGAAGAUCAACCAAUAAGACAGUUGCCAGAUGGCAAAACGGUUCAUGGUUCUCCAAGGACAAAGAUGACCUUGAUGACUGAGAAAUGUCCCCACGAAAGACAGCACGCUGGACAUAAAGGCUUGGAGAAGGUAGUGUCUUCUCCCAGGAGGUCAGAUCCUGGUGUCGAAACCGAUGCUGGAGACGACAGGCUCUGUUUUACACCUGAACUGUAUGAUGAUGAUGAUGAUGAAGAGGUGGUGGAAGAGAAGAACGAAGGCAUGAUUCACAAUCACGACAGCACUUUGACUUCCUUUGAAACCACAAACACAGUUCUGGCGGAAGAACUUUGUCCACCCAGCGCUCAAAGGCCAGGAGAAGCAGGAAUGGGCGCAGAGUGGUGGGGGGCCGCGGAGCACAGCCAGAAUGACAGAAGUGCCGUUGAGGAAGCUGGGCAUAAGGUCGGCAUUGAGGAAACGAAGCAGGAGGCAGAGAGAGAGGGAAAUCAGCUUCCUGGAUCACAAAGCAAAGGGCUGAAAGUACAGAGAAGGUAUACGCGAAGAGCAAGGAAGACUUCUAAUAACAGAAAGGCACACCAGCAACAGGUAACCUUGAAAGAAUGUGUAGAUCGAAGAGUAUGAGUGGAAAUACUGGUUACCCAGUGAGGUCCAUGUUAUGUGAAACCUUCGGCUCCCAUUAAAUAAAGAUCUCAAUGGAUAAGGUGACAUCAAUUACAAGACCUCCUUCUGAUGCUCGUGAGCUUCAAGAUUGACCGUUGGCUAGAAACAUCUUCCUUCUUCAUUGUUCAAGGCCAGACAGAAGAAGUCACGGAAAUCAUGCAAGUACUUCUCGUGUGACUUACUUCCAGGUAACCAAAGGAGGAAUUAGAUUGUGGGAACAUCUUGAGAAGAAACAGAGUCUUUAAGUCAUGUUGAUUUUUCUGAAAUUCAGCAAUAUUUAAGUCCUGGAGGCUAUUUUCUCUUUCCUUUUUCAACAACAGCAAUGGACCUGCCAUUGCUAACACCCAAUGUUCUGUCAUGUAGAACAGUCAUUUACACUUGGUUGCAAAAUGAUGCCUUUGCAGUCAACCAUUUGGCUUCUGCAAGAAUUGAGGUUCUCACCUUAUAGAAGUGAGCAGAGAAUGGCAUGGGAGGACAUAAUUAAAGGCAAGAACUCUAUGAUUCUUCCUGGAUUUCACUCCCAUUCAAUCAAUCAGUCCAUUCCACUGAGAUGACUCUCAAAGUUGAUCCACCUUCAUUUGUGCAGCAAUCUUAUAGCUUUCUAAGGACAUCCACAAGGAUGUCCAACCUUGGCUAUAAGAUUUGUGGACUUUGACUCCCAGAAUUCCAUUCUGGCUGGGGAAUUCUGGGAGUUGAAGUCCACGAAUCUUAAAAGUUGCUAGGAUUGGACACCCCCUGGUUUUAAAAAUCAGGAUGGUCAAUGGAAUCAAGUAAGUGAAGUCUCCCAGCUUUCUUAAUGUGUGUCAUAUGUGCCACACACCUAAAAAAAGGGGGGGGGGCAAGACUAAGUUACAGCCACCACUGAUUUUUUUGACCACUGUGUGGUCAUCCCUGCAUUCACCCACAUGUCUUCAGAAUGGACUUUCUGCUUUGUUAAGGAGGCUACCUGCUCCUUAGCAUUUUUGAAAGCCUUAAACGUGCCGGUGUUUGAAUUAGAUUGUAAUUUGUUAAUAAUUUUGUAUAUGUCGGUGCACCUCUGUAUUUUAUUUCGGUUGGUGUUUUUACUGUAAAGGUCUAUGAGACUUCAGAAAUUGGUGGAAUA